AGUUUAGUAACAAACCACACUUUCUUUUCCUUAAAAUCACCAAUAAUACAAAACCCACACACAUCAUAAUUCACAUUUACAUGCCAAACACUUUCUCAUCUCAAUCUUCAUGACUACUCUUUGUAUUGAUUCUGACUCCGCCGUAGAAAACAUGAAAGACGAUUUACUGGUGCAAGAAGGAUACGUUUUCGAAGAAGAGAUUCAUCUCACAGUGCUGAAAACCUCUCUUUUCUUCGCCGGCGAUGGUUUCACCGUCUAUGAUUCCAAAGGUGAAGUUGCUUUCAGAGUUGAGUCGUAUGGACCUGACUCUCGUGACCUAGAUGAGCUUGUUUUAAUGGAUCCAGACGGCCGUUGCAUCCUCACCGUUCGCCGGAAGAAACCGAGUCUACAUCAACGGUGGGAAGGCUUUAAAGGUGAAAGAAUAAACGGUGAUAAACCCACCUUCAGCGUGAAGCGAUCAUCUAUAAUGGGACGGUCAUACGCUGGAGUUACAGUGGAGGUCUACGAUAGUCCCGGUGAGGAGUACCACAUCGAAGGAUGCUUCUCCCAGCGCAGUUGCACCGUUUUUAACGCAACAAAAGAAUCAGUGGCUGAGAUUCAUCGCAAAGUGGACCCCACCACAGGUGUUUUGAUUGGGAAAGAAGUGUUCUCUCUUUGCGUUAAGCCUGGUUUUGAUGCUGCUUUUGCAAUGGGAUUCGUGCUGGUUCUUGAUCAAAUCGGCGGUGAUGAUUCUCUUGAGGAUGAUGCUACAGCUGAGCCUACGGUGCACCCUACCGCAGAAGAUUAUGAUGAAGAUACUAAAUAAACUUUGUUUAAUUUACCCACUAAUCUUAUAGGGUCAUAUGCCUUGAAAGAAAAGAUAUUUCAAUUUCCUAUGUGAUCUAGAAAAUUUUAUAAUAUUAUUUCAUUAAAAUACACAUGUAUCUAAAGUUGAACUUAUCUACUCUUAAUCAACUAGUACCACUUUUUGAGUGGUUAAGUUAA